GAGAUCAAGAAUCUCAGUUAUUCAUUUUAUAUAUAUAUAUAUAAUUUUGUAAUGGUGUAUGCACUAGACUCACACACUCGUGAGUCACCACUAUGAAAUGUAAAACCCUUUUGCUUGCUAGCUAAAAGGGAGAGUUCAUUCAUAUAUAUAUAUUAAGUAGCUCACAUGAAACCAUCUUGUAAGCAAUCCUCCUCCUUCCUUCCUUCACAUGCAACUCUCCCACACCAAAACAAAACAUAUACAUACACACUUCUCUUAAAAAGUUCCUUCUACAAAACUCUUUCUCAAUCUCUCAUUCUCUGCAAAAAAAGCUUUAUCUUCCUAUACUUUACUUAUCUCUUUCAAUGGGAGUUCAUUGUGUUUGUAAAGUUCUUUUGUUGUUGAUACUGUUUGAAAUAGUAUCAUCAACUCAACUGCAAAUAACAAAAUUACACAAACAAAAACCACCAAAUUCAUCAUCAAAAUCUCAUAAGGGUAAUAAUAAGAAGAAACCAGUUGUUCCUCCAAACCAAGAAAGUUGUAAUAUAUUUGUAGGAAGUUGGGUUCAAGAUGAUAGUUACCCAAUUUAUCAAUCAUCAAAUUGUCUUAUCAUUGAUCCUGAGUUCAACUGUCAAUUAUACGGCAGACCGGACUCUGCUUAUCUCAAAUAUAAAUGGCAACCCAGUGGUUGUAAUAUUCCAAGGUUCAAUGGGCUUGAUUUCUUAACAAAAAUGAAAGGAAAAUCGAUUAUGUUCAUCGGAGAUUCGUUAGGUCUGAACCAAUGGCAAUCUUUGGUUUGCAUGAUAUCGGCAGCAGUACCAAAAGCCAAAACUCAGUUUACGAAACAUGAUCCUUUAUCAUCAUUUAAAUUUGUGGAAUAUGGAGUCAGUGUAUCCUUCUACCGAACACCGUAUCUAGUCGAUAUCGACAGUGUCAACGGAAAGCGAAUUCUCCGACUUGACAGUAUUUCUCAAAGCGGCAGUAUCUGGAAAGAUGUUGAUGUUCUAUCGUUUAAUUCCGGGCACUGGUGGUCUCAUAAAGGACAACUUCAAGGGUGGGAUAGCAUGGAACUAGGAGGAUCAAUCUACGAAGAUAUGGAUCGUUUGGUUGCUUUUGAUAGAGGAAUGAGAACAUGGUCAAACUGGGUUGACACCAACAUUGACACAACCAAAACUAGAGUUUACUUCCAAGGUGUUUCUCCUACGCAUUACAAUCCUAAAGAGUGGAAAGACAAUUCAGGGAGGAAGAAUUGUUACGGAGAAACAGGACCUUUAGGUGGAGAAACAUAUCCUGGGUCAUACCCAGAUCAGAUGGGGGUAAUUCAAUCAGUGAUCAGGGAUAUGAAAACACCUACUUAUCUACUCGACAUAACGGUUCUUUCCGAGCUACGAAAAGAUGGGCAUCCGUCGGUAUACAGUGGAAAUGUGACUCCAGAUCAAAGAUUGAACCCGAAUCGCUCUUCGGAUUGUAGUCAUUGGUGCCUACCGGGGUUGCCGGAUACUUGGAACCAGUUGUUCUAUGCUACAAUUUAAAACACAGUUGUUUUUAGGCUGCUGCUGCUGCUGCUGCUGCAUUACUGAUUGAUAUACUUGCUACCGUAUAGUACAGGGUGCACAUUGUGCCGGCGUUUCUCAUUUAAUCGUGGGGUAUAAGUUAUUAUAUAUAUACAAAUGUGUAAUCAUUCAAAACGGUACGCAACAAUGCGUAUUUGUUACAGUUAUUGGAAUUUCUGCAUUAACAUAUUUCUAAUAUAAUAAGAAGAAAAUUGUUUGCUUACAAACAUAAG